UUACGAGGACACGUGAAGGCGUCACUGUUCCACCCUGCUGGGCUAGCUAAACCUAUAGCAGCAGCAUUCACAGGCACCGGACUUAUUACAAUCAGCCCGGACCGGGUCGACCUGAAAGAAGCAGAGCAGACACACAUACUGGACUUCCCCGGUUUGCAAGCGAAACGUUAUUUAUAUAUAUAUUUGUUACAACUCACGGCAACACCGUUAGCAGGCUAAGCUAGCAGCGAAGAGCUAAAACUCCUGCUCCCCGGCUGAGGACCACCCGCUGCUGGACGUGAUGGAUCCAGCUGUGUAAACUGCUCUGAUGUGUGGACUUCUAUCUCCAUUCAGCGCCUGGUUGAGACGGCUUUCAAGCUGCUCUGGAGGACCACACUAUCACUGUGACAUAAACAUCCAACAGGCCUGCAGCUGAUUGGGCUGAACGGGUCUGAUCGUAGCACAAGUCCCCUGAGAAGCCUGCUCCCCUUCUAGCACUACUAUGCCUCUGGGUUUGGGAAGAAGGAAGAAGGCUUCCCCGUUAGUCGAGAACGAGGAAGCGGAGCCUAUCCGCGCCGGUCUCAAUGUGCCAGGCAUGGAUGGCCUAGAUGGCGGUGUCGUUGGGCUGGGAGAAGGCGCCACCUCUGAAGGUCUGCCUCCACCACCCAGCAGCAUGCGACCUCGGCUCAUCUUCCAUACUCAGCUCGCCCACGGCAGCCCCACGGGCCGUAUAGAGGGUUUCAGUAAUGUGAGGGAGCUCUAUGCCAAGAUUGGUGAGGCCUUUGGGAUACCGCCAUCUGAGGUUAUGUUUUGCACACUGAACACUCACAAGGUGGACAUGGAUAAACUGUUGGGAGGUCAAAUUGGGCUGGAGGACUUUAUUUUUGCCCACAUUAAAGGACAGCGAAAGGAAAUAGAGGUGUAUAAAGGAGAGGACGCACUAGGUUUGACUAUCACUGAUAAUGGAGCUGGCUACGCUUUCAUCAAGAGAAUCCGCGAAGGGAGCGUUGUUCACCAGAUCCAGGUCAUCAAUGUGGGUGAUAUGAUCGAGUCGAUCAACGACCAAUGUCUGAUUGGGUGUCGACACUACGAGGUGGCCAAGACGCUGAAGGAGCUGCCGAAAGGGAAGGAGUUCACCAUCAAGCUGGUGGAGCCCCUCAAGGCCUUUGAUAUGAUCAGCCAGCGGUCCGGAGGGUCCAGGUCAGCAUCAGGUGUUCAGCUGGGGACCGGCAGAGGAACUCUGCGGCUGCGCUCUAAAGGUCCCGCCACAGUGGAGGAACUGCCCUCUGCAUUUGAGGAAAAGGCAAUCGAGAAGGUGGAUGACCUGCUUGAGAGCUACAUGGGCAUCAGAGACAGCGAGCUGGCGGCCACCAUGGUGGAGCUGGGAAAGGACAAAAAGAACCCUGAUGAGUUUGCAGAGGCUUUAGAUCAAACCCUCGGGGACUUUGCCUUCCCAGACGAAUUUGUUUUUGACGUCUGGGGUGCCAUCGGCGAUGCUAAGGUUGGGCGAGUGUAACCACUGACACUGUCGGAGCAGAACAACCUGUGUGUGGCACCCACAACAUUCAGCACUACUAGAAAACACAACACUACUGUCUUGAGUUUGUUUUUAUUCCAGUGUAUACUCCUACUAUUUUUCAUUUAGAGUGCACCCUUUUGGGAGCCUCUUCCUAGACAAAGAGGAUAAUGGCAGUUAAUGGAAGAAGAAGAUGUGCUUUUAUUUGUCUUCCGGCUUUUUCCAGAAACUACAAGCACGCUGAAGAACUUUUCCCUUUGACCGCAUCACUUGAACCUGCAUGUCAUUGUUGUCGUUGGCAGUGGAACAAGUGGAGCACAAGUCUCUGAUAUGGGAGCAAUGAAAGACAAAACAAACUCAAUCUUUAAAGAUUUUUGCACUGCUCUGUAAAACAACUACAGACUUGAACACAGAUCGCACUGUCGCUCACCUGGUGAGCGGCACAGUUACUGCACAGCACCCGGCAUCGGCCACCCCGAGUCUCCACUCGCCGUUCCUGUUAUGGAUCAGUUUUACAAGCAUGUGCUGUUAUAUUAUUAUCUUCAUAAUGAAUUCUGCUGGUUUUAUGUCCAUUUUCUCCAUUUUUUUUUUUGUAAAAGAACAAAAUAGUAGUUGCAAAACUCAUAGUAACAUGUAGCUCGCUGACUAAAAGAUCAGUGGUGUUUAUUCACCUUCAAUACACUCCAUGCUGUAAGGUUAACUUUCAUACAUUGAACAGUGUCAGAGGAAAUCUGUGUUAAUUGACCUUUUUAUGAAGGUAAGAAUGAGGAGCAGGGUGGUUCUAGGUUUGUGGGUUGUAUUAUUUUUUUUUUUAUAUACAGUGAUGUGAAGUCUAUAUUUUUAAAACAGGGUUUGUGUAAUGGAUGAAGAAUGCAACUACUUUAUUUUGAAGCAUUACAAAAAGCAGUAUAAUAGAUGAGAAGGUCAUGUGAUGGAGUACGUGUUUUUAAAAAAGGAAAAGGAGUCCGUUACGAACAAAAGGCCUUCAUUACUUCUCAUUUUCAUAUGUUUUAUAACAUUUUGUUUGAAGUAUGAAUUCUGGUGCACGCUGCUGCAAAGUUAACCAUCCUGUCAUCGGAGCAGAAUGAUACCAAACCACUUCCAUCACGUGUUGCAGUGACAACAACAGGCAACGCUUCAGCCACUACUCGGCGUAGGUUAACAUGUCUUAAAAGCGUCUUUUUGGUUUUAACCUUUUCAGUAUAUCCAAAUGUAUGAAGCUAUUUUGUAGUUUUGUUUCAUUCUUCAGGUGAUUAAAUAUCUAAAUGUAAUGAAACUGAUGCUAAAACACUGUAACACUAAGAAGAACACGUUAUUCUGAUGGCUUUGUAUUACACUGUUAAGUUACAAUUAUAAUGCAAUAAUAACAUCGA